AAUUAUCAUUUAUAAAUAAAGAGAACAAAUAUUUUCUGUGUCUGCUUCUUCUCCUUAUUUGACGAUGCAUUCACUAUCGAUUUGCUGAUAACAUUGUGAAUUUUUUAAAUUUGCGACUCCAUUUUUUUGCAUACAUAUAUACAGAAGUCUAAUCAUUAGAAAAAUUUAGCGGUCACGUUUAGUUACUAUUCGGACCAUGUAUAUUAUAAUCCGUUAACAAUAAUCGGUGAUAAAUAAUGAUCGGCAAUUCAACGUUUUUACAAAAUUUGAGAAAAUUCCGUUUAGUUACAUUCGAUAUUACAGAAACACUUUUGCGUUUUCGACAAGCGCCUGCAAUACAAUAUGCGAAGACAGCUACCGAAUUGGGUGUGACGGACAUUGAUCAGCCAUUGUUAGAACAAUGCUUUAAAGAUGAGUUUAAAACAAUGGCAAAAUUGUACCCAAAUUAUGGUCGUCACUCCCAACUUUCAUGGUACGAUUGGUGGGCGCAAUUGGUUGAGAGGAUUUUCCGUUGUGUAAAACCUAAUAUUGAUGAGAAAAAAUUGAAGCAAAUUUCUGGAACCUUGAUAAGAAUCUACCGUACCAAUGCGUGCUGGAUUCACAUAGAUGGUAAUCAAGAGUUACUUUCACGUGUCCGGCAAGCGAAUAAACAUGUUGGCGUCAUAUCCAAUUCCGAUCCAAGCCUUCAUAAAGUUUUAAAAGAAAUGGAAAUUUUAGAUAAGUUUGAUUUUGUGUUGACCUCUUACGAGGCUGGUUACCAAAAACCAGAUAAGAGCAUAUAUGACAUACCUCUCGAAAAAUAUGGAGUUAAGGCAGAUGAAGCUCUGCAUAUUGGCAACACGUAUGACCUGGAUUAUAUAGGCGCACGUAAUGCUGGUUGGUCCAGUUUAUUAGUAACUCGCAAUAAAAUUGAUUUGGAAAGAGCUCAAGGUACCCAUGCAUAUCCCAGUUUGAAAGACUUGCUAUUGGCUUUAGAUACAAAAAAAAUACAAUGGUAGCUGCAUUUUUACAUUAAAGGUGUCGUAGAAAAUUGAGUAAAUGCGAAAGGAAUUCACUCACACUUAAUCUGAAUACACAGCAACAUGACAACAAUUUUCACAAUGUGACCUUAUUGACGAAAAUUAUUGGAUUAGUUUUUCCAAUGUGAGGUAUUGUACAUAUGUGUGUAUUAUGCAUAUAUGUGUACAUGAUAAAAAAUAGACACUUAAUAUCUAAGAAUGAAAGUAAGUUGCAAUAAAAUGCAGGCAAAGCACGCCAAAUAAUAUUUAAUGACUUUAAGAACAUUGUAUCGACCGUAAAGAGAUUAUCUCCCUCACAACCCAUAUAUAUAUAAAUACAAAUAUAUAUAUAUAAAUAUAUA